CUCGUAAGAUUGUGCUGAGCCGGCGCAGGGGCGGGGUGCGGGCAGGCGUCUCUACCGGCGGCCGCAGAGCCGAGGUGGCGGCGACGGUGGCGACGGCGGCGACACGACGGGUCCACUGGAUCCGAGGCGGCGCAGGCCGAGUGGCGGUAAACGGGCGGAUGCUGAGUCGUGGUGCGGCGCGUGCUCUGCUCCAUGGCGACGUGGUGAGCUUUGACGGCGCCGUCCUGGUCUUCCAUGACCUGACUGUGACGAGCAUGCCCGGCGGCCCGGCGGCGGCGGCGCGGCUGGCGCUCUGCAGCAGGGCGCCGGGCCUGCGGCGGACGCUAUCGGCGCCACAACCUGCGGCGAUGGAGCCCAAGCCCUGCGAUGGGGCCUUUUGGGCGCUCGACAUGCGGGCGCUGAUGCGGGAUGGGGCGCGGGCGCGGGCGGGCAGCAGGGGGGCAGCGACCCGGCUCAUCAUCGAGCGGCCACAUGUGGCGGAGACGUCGUAUGCGGCGGCGGUGUUCAAGACUGUUGAGCUUGCAUUUCGUCGCUUUGUCAACAAGGAUCGGGUGUACGUGGUCGAUGCGGUUGAGGUGGUCGACAAUCCGCAACUCGAGGCUGCGUUUGCCGAGCAUGUCGAGGCGCUGGCGGCGCGGUCACCGCCUGCCACGCUCGAGCCGCCGGAUGGAGCAUCGCCGCUGCAGCGCAAGACGCUCGAGUCUCUGGCGGCAUCGGUGGUAGGCAAUGCGCCUCGCGGGACGCAUCCGAUCCUGGCGUGGCACGGGACAGGGCCGGCGGCGGUCGACGCCAUCUGCGCGCAGGGCUUCCGCACGGGCGUCUCGAAGGCGCGCGACAGCGGAUGGUACGGGGCCGGGACGGCGUACCUCACGCAGCUGCCCAACUAUGGCAUGCUGUACAUCAAGGACAACGCGCGUGAGCCUGGAGCCUUUUCGCUCCUCCUUUCUUGGGUCUUGAUGGGCAAGGUCUACCCUGUGACCGAGGUCAUCGAGGGCAAGCCGCAGAUGGAUGGCUUCGACUCGCACUACGUCCUCGUCGACGAGUAUGAGCCGCUGCCCUCGGCCGACGCCGAGCCGACGGGCGACGAGAUCGUGGUCUUUGACCCUGCUGCUGUCCUCCCGCGGUUUGUCGUCCACUUUUCGGUCUCGAAUGGCAAGCCCGAGCUCGAUGCCGUCACUGAGCGCGAGGCAGGCGACGCUGGUUCUGGCGGGGAGAGUGGUGAUGAGCAGAGUGACGAUGAGGAGAGUGGUGAUGAGGAGAGCGGUGAUGAGGAGAGUGACGGACCUCCUGGGUUGAGCGCGGCUAGUGGUCGGUUGGCCGCUCAGGUCCACGAGGUGGCUGCCAAGGGCUUUGAGGUCAACAUCGAUGCGUACGAGCGGGCGCGGCCGUCUUAUCCGGAGGGAGCGGUUCGGGCUGUGGCGGCGGGGCUAUGCGCGCGGGGCGGGCAAGGCGCGCCGCUAAAGGUGCUGGAGAUCGGGGCCGGGACCGGCAAGUUUACCCGCCGCCUUUUGGGCGAGUUGGCCGGGCGGGCGGGCCCGGGCGGGGUAUCACUGACGGCAGUGGAGCCUGCGGCGGCGAUGCGGGCUGCUUUUGCUGCAGCAGUGGUGGACGCGCCCGGGGUGGUGCCCGAUGGUGCCGAGGUCUCGGUGGAGGCGGGGGCGGCCGACGCGCUGCCGGCUGCUGACGGCAGCGUCGAUCUGGUGGUGGUGGCACAGGCCUUCCACUGGUUCGCCAACGAGGAGGUGGUGGCCGAGAUGGCGCGGGUGCUGGCGCCGGGCGGGCGGUUGGCAUUGGUGUGGAACAUGGAGGAUCGGACGGCGCCGUGGGUGGCCUCGCUCCGCGACGCUUACGAGGUGUACGAGGGCAGCGCGCCGCAGUACCGGCAGGGGAAGUGGAAGCAGGUGUGGACGACGGCGACGGCGAAGGAGGCUUUUGCGCCGCUUGCACACGUCCAGGUGGCAUGGAGCAUGCCAGCAGACCUCAAGACGAUCUGGGAGCGGAUCAAGUCCAAGUCGUACAUCUCGCUGCUCGACGACGCGAGGCGCGAGGCGCUACAGGCCAAGGUCACCGCACUUGCGCUCGAGGCGCACCCGCAGCUGGCCGAGCAAGCUGGCGCCUCGGUGGCGUAUCCGUACCACACCGACGGCUACAUCACGCACAAGCUGUGA